CGGCGCGGCGCGGGCGUCGGAGUCGAGCUGGCUGCCAGGGCCUGCUUAGUGUGCAAGCUAUGGGAGCCCCUUGGCCCGGGACCUAAUCUUAGGUGUCUUCUCCGCUACUUUACUUGAUGAACCUGGUGUGUAAAAUCAGGUGGUCUGCUGUUGGGCAAAAAAAUUGGGGGAAAUAGGACAAGUGACUCCAGGCGACUCCUUCUGCCUGGUCUAUACUGUUGGGUAUCGCCACUCUAAAACCGCUUUGUUUAAGGGUACGGUUAGGAUGGGCUAAACAGCGCGGAAGCACAGUGACGUUUGGAGAGGGGAACCCUGACCAGCAGUGUGACAGGAGACGGUCGGCGCUGGGACGCGCGGCCCCCGGCUGGAAGGGGUGUUUCUGGCCCGUAGGGGCCGAGGAGCGUCUGAGGGGUUGUAGGAUGUCUCGUAGUCGCCUCGUGGCGGUUUCCUCACCACUCCAGUGAGAAGCAGGGAUUCACACAUUUUUGGAGGGCUCUUGAGGAUUCGAAUCCACCUUUCAAGAUUAUUUGUACCAUGUGCUAGUAAGGAACUGUGUGCAUAGUUACCUUGCACUCCUCUCCACUUGGUUAUGUAAUAGGAGAUAUAGCCCAAGAUCUCACUGCUAAUUGGUGACUCAACUACACCAUCCUGCGUGCAAGACAUUGGUGCUCGGGAGGGACCAGGUUAAGAGACACUCCUCAGUGGGAGCCACUUUAAGGGACGCAGAACAGGCUCAAGGAAAUCCUCGACCCUCAGCUAGUCUUCUCAGCAGAUCCUUGGAUUAGCAGUUCUGAACUACUAAACUGAAUAGUAAUAACAAUGGAACACAACCUACCAUCAGGAUUGUGGAUCAAACACAGCCCAAGCCAUUUACUUCUGAAAACCACUAAUGAGACUUGGAAAUGGAACAGCAAAUGGAGGAGGGGCAACUAGUCAAGAAUGUGCCUGGACAUCUGUGGAGAAGUAAACUUGUUGGAAGAUGAGAGACUGCUUGGGUGCCAGCACUAGUACCAUGAGUCCCUGCACUGGUUAAAGCCAUCUCCACAACCUGGGCAGGCAGCAAGGGCUCUGGGUUCGCAGAGAGCCGAAAUGACCAUGACUGCCAACAAGAACACCAGCAUCACACAUGGAGCCGGAGGCACUAAGGCCUCUCAGGGGACUCUGAGCAGGUCUCAGUCAGUCUCUCCACCUCCAGUUCUCUCCCCACCGAGGAGUCCUAUUUACCCCCUCAGUGAUAGUGAAACCUCAGCCUGCAGGUACCCCAGCCGCUCCAGCUCCCGGCUGCUCCUCAAGGACUGGCAGCCCCGUGACCCUUCACCCCAAAAUCCUCAAGAUCCCUCCCCAGACACUUCACCACCCAUCUGUCCCAUCAACGCCACCAGCUUCAGUUAUCUGGACGGGAGUCCUUCAGUGUGCAAGAGAGAAGGCCAGAAAGAGAAUGUCCAAGGGGCAACCCAGGAUGUAGAGGGAGUAGCUGCUUGCCUCCCCCUGGCCCAGAGCACUCCAUCGCUGGGAUCAGCAGCUGGCCCACGGAGCCUCUUGCUGAACCGCACUGGCACCCGAGCCCACAGCCUGGGAAUCCGGGAGAAGAUUUCAGCAUGGGAAGGCCGCCGAGAGGCUUCGCCCAGGAUGAGCAUGUGUGGAGAGAAGCGGGAGGGUUCUGGGGGUGAGUGGGCAGCCAGUGAAGGCUGUCCCAGUGUGGGCUGUCCCAGUGUGGUGCCAUCCCCCUGCAGCUCAGAAAAGACCUUUGAUUUCAAGGGCCUCCGGAGGAUGAGCAGGACCUUCUCUGAGUGUUCCUACCCUGAGACUGAGGAGGAGGGAGAGGCACUCCCUGUCCGGGACUCUUUCUACCGGCUGGAAAAACGGCCAGGCCGGAUUGAGCCCAGUGCCUUCCUCAGGGGGCCUGGCAGCAAGAAGGAGAGCUCAGCAGUGCUGAGCCGGAUCCAGAAAAUUGAACAGGUCCUGAAGGAGCAGCCAGGCCGGGGACUCCCCCAGCUCCCCAGCAGCUGUUACAGUGUAGACCGAGGGAGAAGGAAGCCUGGAACCUUGGGCAUCUUGGAGGAGCUGACAGGGAGCUCAAGUGUGAGCGCUGGCAGCCGAGCAGUAGGAGUGGCUGGAGUUGUGGGGGAGGCGGGCCCACCCCCGGAGAAGGAAGGCAGUGGCUCCACUAAGCCAGGGACCCCCAGAAAUAGCCCUAGUUCUCAGCUGCUGCCAUCAAAGAAUUCCCCUGAUCCCGCUGUGAACCCUGUCCCCAAACCCAAACGCACCUUUGAAUAUGAGGCUGACAAGAACCCCAAGAGUAAGCCAAGCAAUGGUCUACCUCCUUCGCUCACACCUGCUGCUCCACCCCCUCUGCCCUCCACCCCAGCCCCACCAGUCACCCGGAGACCCAAGAAGGACACGCGUGGUCACCGCAAGUCCCAGAGCAGAAAAUCCUUUGAGUUUGAGGAUGCAUCCAGUCUCCAGUCCCUGUACCCCUCUUCUCCCACUGAGAAUGGUACUGAGAGCCAACCCAAGUUUGGAUCCAAAAGCACUUUAGAAGAAAAUGCCUAUGAGGAUAUUGUGGGCUGGGAAAAACAGGAACGAAGGGCACCUACCAGGAUGAAGAAGGAAAUGAGGCAGCCAAGAGGAGAUCUGCCCAAGGAGAAUCCAUAUGAGGAUGUGGACUUAAAGAGCAGGAGAGCAGGACGAAAAUCCCAGCAACUGUCUGAGAACUCCUUGGACUCUUUGCACAGGAUGUGGAGUCCUCAGGACAGAAAGUACAACAACCCAUCCAAUCAGCUCUCCCCGAAACCCAGCAGCCAGUCCCUGCGCAGUGGAAACUGGUCAGAAAGGAAGAGCCACCGGUUGCCACGAUUACCCAAGAGGCACAGUCAUGACGACAUGCUGCUGCUGGCUCAACUGAGCCUGCCGUCAUCACCCUCCAGCCUCAAUGAGGACAGCCUCAGCACCACCAGUGAGCUGCUGUCCAGCCGCCGGGCCCGCCGCAUUCCCAAGCUUGUCCAAAGAAUUAACUCCAUCUACAAUGCCAAGAGGGGAAAGAAGAGGUUAAAAAAGCUGUCUAUGUCCAGCAUUGAGACAGCAUCACUGAGAGAUGACAAUAGUGAGAGUGAGAGCGACUCUGACGACAGGUUCAAAGCUCACACACAGCGCCUAGUCCACAUCCAGUCAAUGCUGAAGCGUGCACCCAGCUAUCGGACACUGGAGCUGGAACUGCUCGAGUGGCAGGAGCGGGAGCUUUUUGAGUACUUUGUGGUGGUGUCCCUCAAGAAGAAGCCAUCCCGAAACACCUACCUCCCUGAAGUCUCCUACCAGUUUCCCAAGCUGGACCGACCCACCAAGCAGAUGCGGGAGGCAGAGGAAAGGCUCAAGGCCAUUCCCCAGUUUUGCUUUCCUGAUGCCAAGGACUGGCUCCCUGUAUCAGAGUAUAGCAGUGAGACCUUUUCUUUCAUGCUAACUGGGGAGGAUGGCAGCAGACGCUUUGGCUACUGCAGGCGCUUACUGCCAAGUGGGAAAGGGCCUCGGUUGCCAGAGGUAUACUGUGUCAUCAGCCGCCUUGGCUGCUUCGGUCUGUUUUCCAAGGUCCUAGAUGAGGUGGAGCGCCGGCGUGGGAUCUCUGCUGCCUUGGUCUACCCUUUCAUGAGAAGUCUCAUGGAGUCGCCCUUCCCUGCCCCUGGGAAGACCAUCAAAGUGAAGACAUUUCUGCCCGGUGCUGGUAAUGAGGUGUUAGAGCUGCGGCGGCCCAUGGACUCCCGGUUGGAGCACGUGGACUUUGAGUGCCUUUUUACCUGCCUCAGCGUGCGCCAGCUCAUCCGAAUCUUUGCCUCACUGCUGCUGGAGCGCCGGGUCAUUUUUGUGGCAGAUAAGCUCAGUACCCUAUCCAGCUGCUCCCAUGCGGUGGUGGCCUUGCUCUACCCCUUCUCCUGGCAGCACACCUUCAUUCCUGUCCUUCCGGCCUCCAUGAUUGACAUCGUCUGCUGUCCCACCCCCUUCCUGGUUGGUCUGCUCUCCAGCUCCCUCCCCAAACUGAAGGAGCUGCCUGUGGAGGAGGCGCUGAUGGUGAAUCUGGGAUCCGACCGAUUCAUUCGACAGAUGGAUGAUGAAGACACAUUGUUACCCAGGAAGUUACAGGCGGCUCUGGAGCAGGCUCUGGAGAGGAAGAACGAACUGAUCUCCCAGGACUCUGACAGUGAUUCCGAUGAUGAAUGUAAUACCCUCAACGGGCUGGUGUCGGAGGUCUUUAUCCGGUUCUUUGUGGAGACUGUUGGGCACUACUCCCUCUUUCUGACACAGAGUGAGAAGGGGGAGAGGGCCUUUCAGCGAGAAGCCUUCCGCAAAUCUGUGGCCUCCAAGAGCAUCCGCCGUUUUCUUGAGGUUUUUAUGGAGUCCCAGAUGUUUGCUGGCUUCAUUCAAGACAGGGAGCUAAGAAAGUGUCGGGCAAAGGGCCUCUUUGAGCAGCGAGUGGAGCAGUAUUUAGAGGAACUCCCAGACACUGAGCAGAGUGGAAUGAAUAAGUUUCUCCGAGGUUUGGGCAACAAAAUGAAGUUCCUCCACAAGAAGAAUUAAACCCCUUUCCCAGCAGUAGAGUCCAGUGCCUUGCAGAACCUGGAGACUGGGGAGGGGUCCCAACCUGUGACCCUCUGGGCUGCUGUGGCUGCUUUGUCCCCACAGACCCCACCCUCCAAGCCAGCCCACCUCUGCCUUCACAAUAUCCCAGGAUACUGUUUGUAAAUAAUCUGCUGUAAGCUUUCUUAACUGUUUUUGUAACAAGCAAAGAGAAUCUGGUAAAUAUUUGUAUAUUCCCAAGGGGCUGGGUGCUUUCCUGCCCUGCCCGAGCACGGAUAGUUUUGCUGGGUGCUGGUGACUGGCCAAUUAUGUGCAGCUGACUGUCUCAGCCAAACCACUGAUCUUCCCCUGGAGGUUCCUGGCCUGCCUGCCUGAGGUCCCUGCUGCCAGUCUCGGGCCCUGGGGAGCACAUUCUGUCUUGUUAUGUACAGGAAGACUAUUUUUUUAAAUCUUAGAGUUUCUAUUUUCUUCUAUUUGCCCCCAAUCCUCUGUUUUUGAGAGGCAAGGGCCAAUCAUUCUGCGUGUGCAGCAUGUUAUCACGCUCUGGCUUGGCCUUUCUUGUUUCUCCUACCCUUUCAAAUGGUCAGUGAGUCAUGGGAAUCCCAGCCCCCAGCCCCGCCAGUGCUCUCCCUCAGUCCGUGGUGGCCAUGAUGCGGUACAGGGCAUCCCUCCUUCCCACCAUCUACGGGUGUUCCCAAUAAAGUGUACAGUUGUUUGGGCCCAGA